CACAUAAACCCCACCCAAAUCUACGCAAUACACAAAAAUGUCAGCAUCUUCAAAUUUCUUCCGAUCUCCACAACUAUCUCAAGACUUCAAAGAGUUCCUCUCCACUCUCCCCAGAGAAAAAGGAAAAGACUCUCUCUACCGCUAUCAUUAUCAAGGUUUCUGGUACUUGGACCUCCUUCUAGAAGCUCUAAUCUCAUGCCAACAACAUUUUCAAGCGGAGGAUUCCGACGUCUUCGUCACCUCCACUCCCAAAUGCGGCACCACGUGGCUGAAGGCCAUCGCCUUCGCCCUACUUAACCGGAGGCGGCACCCUGCCACCUCCGGAGACCACCCACUCAUCUCCAGCAACCCUCACGACCUCGUGCCCUUCCUCGAGAUGGGCCUCUACGGCACCAGCAAAGCCCUCGACAUCGCCUCGUUCCCCUCCCCGCGCCUCCUCGCCACCCACGUGCCGUAUUCCUCUCUCCCGGAGUCGAUCAGGAGCAGCGGCUCCAAGUGCAAGAUCAUGUACGUGGCGAGGGACAUGAAGGACGCAUUGGUGUCGGAGUGGCACUUCUUGGCGAGGGCGGGGGUGUCGGACUUGACGAUGGCGAAGGCGGUCGAGGAAUUUUGCGAGGGAUUGAACAUCUAUGGGCCGUUUUGGGAUCAUGUUCUUGGAUAUUGGAAGGAGAGCUUGGAAAACCCUGAUAGGGUUUUGUUCCUCAAGUACGAGGAUAUGAAGGCGAGGCCGGCCGCGGAGGUGCGCCGCGUGGCGGAGUUCCUCGGCUGCGCCUUCUCAGCGGAGGAGGAGGAAGCUGGGGAGGUUGAUCGGAUCUUGGAACUGUGUAGCUUUGAAGGUCUGAGAGGUUUGGAAGUGAACAAGAAGGGGAAGGUAGUGGCGACUCGUGUGGAUAAGAGUGCUUUCUUUCGUCGAGGAGAGGUGGGGGAUUGGAAGAAUCAUUUAUCGCCGGAGAUGGGGAAGAAGCUUGAUCGGAUUAUUGAAGAGAAGUUUUAUGGGUCGGGAUUAUUUUUUUAAGGAUGUGUUUGCUUUGAUUCUGUAUACCACCUCUUAAUAUAAGUCUUUUUUUUUUUUGAGG